UGCCGUCGAACGGUCGCGUACUAAAAUGCCGUUAAUCAAUUUGUGUUCCGUUUUCCGUUGUCCUUUUGGUAUGUUUUUUUCGUCGCGUUUGCAUUAUUAUUGUAGUAACAAUUUGUGCUAAGUGCUAUAAGUUGAUUUUAAUUAAGGUGUACAUCUGGAUAUUAUCGGUUCAGGUUGGAGUAAGUGUUUCAGUUAGUUUUCUGAUUGUUAAUUUAUCUAUAAACAUUUUUAGGUUAGUUAGGUACCUAAUUAUUUUUCAUGACUGAAAUUAGCAUGCUGAAAAUUGGGAAUAGAUUCAGCUCAUUCGCUGACGCAAAGAAAGCGAUUGAGGAACUUGGUGAAAAAACCUACACAACAUUUUGGAAACGAGAUGCCCGUACGAUUGCAAGCAGUAAAAUUGUGAGACCAAUAGAAAGCUCUUUGAUUUAUUAUCAACUUCUAUAUGCAUGUAAUCACGGUGGAAAGAAGUUUAAGGGCAGUGGGAAAAAAAUUCGACAGUCUUGGACAUUUAAAGAAGAUUGCCCAGUACAUGUAAGAUUCAAAGCAUCGUCUGAUGGAAAAGCACUCAAGGUAACAUCGGUUCAAAUCUUAUUCAAAGGUUCAAAUGAAGCACAAUAAUGUCACUUCGAAGGUAAGUUUACACAUUAGUUGACAUGGUUGACAUACAGCAUGCUUUUAGAAUUCUUGCUUGAAUAGUAUUUUAUUCAUAAAAGAUAUAUUUUGUGGGUCCUACAUGCACAUAACCCUAGCCAAAGAAAACUUUCCAGUAACAUGUAGGAAAGCGUCAAGGAUUAUUUGAAUAUGAAGGCCAAUAGAAAAAUGAUACAGCAAAAAGUUCAAGAAAGUACUGGUAAAAUUGUUACUUUACAAGAUUUAACAAAUAUGAAAAUAUCCGAUCAAUCAAGAAAAGAAAACUUAGAUGGCUGCUUAAAUAUAUUUAAAGCUAAAUACGGUAAACUAAAAUAUUCUAUUAUCGUCUUAUUAGUCCCAAUAACUGUUUUCCGGUGCCAAUGUAGCUGUUUUGCGAGACGAAGACAAUAAUUUCAGAAGACUUUUCAUUCAAAGUCCAACCAUGAAAAGUACAAUGAAGGCUUUUCCAGAAUUUCUUGCAGUAAAUGCUACAUAUAAAUUAUGAUGAUGCAGUUGUAUUUGAAAGUAAAAAUCAGUUUUCUGUGGAACACUCUGAGGUUUGUGACGAGACGGACCUUCAAGACAGAAACAAUAUGAGUGAAGCGCUCAUAUUAGAUAAUAGAAAUACAUCAACUCUUGGUCAGUCACCUGUGGAAGCACCUGAGUUUUGUAACGAGCUGGUUAUAGAGGAGGAAAUGACACGAGAUGAAGCGCAUCAACUUUCCUAUAUUAGUGAUUCAGUUUUAAAUGACGUCAACAACCAGUCCCAUCAGAUAGUUGAAGUCAAUGAUUUCGCUUUGACAACAAUUAAGAUGCCUGUUUCAAUAAAAAAACGAGGGCGUCCAAAAGGACAGGACUUAACAGUCAUAGGACUACCAAAGAAAAACAAAAGAUGUACUGUAGCAUUUGCUAAACAAUCCUAUCAUGAAAAACAAAAUGUAAUACUGAAUUGCUUCGUUAAGGAUCGUAACAUCGUUAGAGACAUCACAAAUGGGAAAUUUCUUGAAACUGUAGACCUUAAAAUGCUCCCCGAAGAAAUAUCACAUGCCGUUCUUGAUGAGGCUGUUGAUAUCCACAUGAUAAGAAAUUUUUGCACCGAGAAAGCCUUUGAAAAAAUAACCAAUCUAGUUGAGCAGAAACGACUUCAACAAAGUUGGUUUUGUUCUGUGUGCAGUGAAGACACGCAGAAAAAUCAUAUGUCACUUUGUUGCAGUAAAUGCCUUCUAUGGAGACAUAUCCGUUGUGCAGGAUUGACUAAGCGACCUAAAUCAAAACUGUGGUUUUGCAGAGAAUGCUAUCUGUAGCAUUAUUAUUAUUUUUAGUUGACGUAGUAUUAUUUUUAAGUUGUCAAUUUAUAAUUUGCAAUAAAUACCU